AUGGAGCUGGCGGUUGAUCCCCGCCUCAGGGGGUAUCGUUGCGGCGGGAUGCGCGGAGACUCGAGCUGGGAGGUCGAACCGUGGGACACCGAUGGUGUUGACGCCCCAGACGCCAGGCUGUCAAUUGACUUCCGCGGGCUGGUUGGCGACAUCUCUAUACGCCAGCGAGCCGAAACCGACGGCCAACUAGGAGGAGGCUUCAAUACGCCCGAGUCGAGUUGCCAGUACUCGGCACGUAGUAUCCGGGCACCCGCGACUUCGGUCCAAAAUUGUCCAGGCGCAACACAAGGGCUGUCCGGAGUGCGAGGGAAAGGCUGGGGCAGGAUCCAGGUGGCUUUGUCGGAGCCCGUGCAGCAAUGGGAGGGAAACGCUAACCCGAAGGAGAUUGGGAUGACUAAUCCAGAGCUGGCUCCGUUGAAAUCAAUUAACGCGGAACGCGCUCGCGAUCUCAGCCGCGACGCGUCCCCCCUUCUAAAAACCCGUCCAACCAAUCUUUUCUUCCCCCACAACACCACCACCACCACCACCUUCUCCCCCCAACUUCCUGGCAUUGCCGUCUUCGUCAUGGAUAGACGCACUCCAUACACGCUGAGCGUUCUGGCGCCCAGCACCACCGGCGCAGACGAGUCCCGCACGCUCACCGAGGGUCGGUUGCGUGAUUUCGUGCUGGAAUUCCAGCUCGACAAUGCAUUCAUCUAUCGUGACCAAUUACGGCAGAAUGCCCUCGUGAAACAGUACUACUGCGACAUCGACAUUGCCCACCUCAUCUCCUAUAACGAGGAGCUGGCCCACAAGCUCACCACUGAACCGGCCGAUAUCAUCCCUCUGUUUGAAUCGGCGCUGCAGCAGUGCACCCAGCGGAUUGUUUAUCCGGGGCAGCGGGAUAUCACCCUUCCCUCCCACCAAUUGCUUCUUCACUCUUCCGCGUCACACAUCUCGAUCCGCGAUCUCAACGCUACCAAUAUCUCUCAUCUGGUCCGAAUUCCCGGGAUCGUGAUUGGUGCGUCCACCAUCUCGUCCAAGGCAACCACCGUCCACAUCCGAUGCAAGAGUUGCGACCACAGCGAGACUAUUCACGUCGAUGGAGGCUUUUCUGGGUUGUCUUUGCCCCGACGCUGCGCCCGCCCCAAAGAACCCGGCGAGGAACCCAAUCAGCAAUGUCCCCUGGAUCCUUACGUGGUUCACCAUGAAAAAUGCCAGUUCGUGGACCAGCAAGUCCUCAAGCUGCAAGAGGCUCCCGAUCAGGUCCCAGUGGGUGAGCUUCCAAGACACGUCCUCAUUUCGGCAGAUCGGUACUUGGCAAACCGAGUCGUUCCGGGCUCCCGCUGUACCGUGAUGGGCAUUUUCUCCAUCUACCAGGCCAAGGGUGGCAAGAAGGAGGCCGCUGUGGCCAUCCGGAACCCGUAUCUGCGAGCAGUGGGACUUAAAACCGAUAUGGACCAAACAGCCAAAGGAAAUUCCAUCUUCUCCGAGGAAGAGGAGCAAGAGUUUCUCGAGCUCAGCCGCCGGCCCGACUUGUACGAUGCUCUUGCUAGAAGCAUUGCCCCGUCCAUCUACGGCAACCCGGACAUUAAAAAGGCGAUUGUCUGUCUGCUGAUGGGCGGUUCGAAGAAAAUCCUUCCAGAUGGAAUGAAGCUUCGUGGUGAUAUCAACGUGCUCAUGCUGGGUGACCCCGGUACGGCAAAGUCCCAGCUGUUGAAGUUCGUGGAAAAAGCAGCACCGAUUGCCAUCUACACCUCCGGCAAGGGCUCCUCGGCUGCCGGUUUGACGGCUUCCGUGCAGCGAGAUCAGACUACGCGCGAGUUCUACCUGGAAGGCGGUGCGAUGGUCCUUGCGGAUGGCGGUGUGGUCUGUAUCGAUGAGUUCGACAAAAUGAGAGAUGAGGACCGGGUGGCCAUUCACGAAGCAAUGGAACAGCAGACCAUCUCGAUCGCCAAGGCCGGAAUCACAACGAUCCUCAACUCCCGGACGUCUGUCCUGGCCGCAGCCAAUCCGAUCUUUGGCCGAUACGAUGACCUGAAAACCCCCGGCGAGAACAUCGAUUUCCAGACAACCAUCCUGUCCCGUUUCGAUAUGAUCUUUAUUGUCCGCGAUGACCACGAGCGCGGCCGCGAUGAGAAAAUCGCCCGUCACGUUAUGGGCGUACACAUGGGUGGUCGAGGUUUGGAGGAGCAGGUGGAGGCCGAAAUUCCAGUCGACAAGAUGAAGCGAUACAUCAGCUACUGCCGGAGCCGUUGUGCGCCUCGUCUCUCCCCAGAAGCUGCCGAGAAACUCUCGUCCCAUUUCGUGUCGAUCCGCAAGCAAGUCCACCGUGCCGAACUGGAAGCCAACGUCCGGUCUUCUAUCCCAAUUACUGUACGUCAGCUGGAAGCCAUUGUCCGGAUUUCCGAGUCUCUCGCGAAAUUGUCGCUCUCACCGAUCGCCACCGAGGCCCAUGUGGAUGAGGCCAUCCGUCUCUUCCUUGCGUCGACCAUGGACGCUGUCACGCAAGGUGAGGGUGCAGGCAGCAAAGAACUCAUGGAAGAGUGCAGCAAGAUUGAAGACGAGCUGAAGCGCCGCUUGCCCAUUGGCUGGAGCACGAGUCUCGCGACGCUGCGUCGCGAGUUUGUUGAUGGACGGGGUUACACCGAACAAGCGCUCAAUCGGGCACUGAUGGUUCUCCAACGGAGGGAGACGGUCCAGAUCCGAUCUGGCGGGUCACAAGUCUACCGCAACGGUGUCUAG